AUGGGUGAUCACAAGCGGACUGAGAGCCUGCUGGGGAAGCUCAAGAUUAGCGAGGGUCUUCACGAUGCGAAAGUUCAUCUUGUCCACCAAAAGCACAAGAUUGGUAAACUGGCAAAUCUGUUCAACAGUAACCACAGACAUGACGAGGAACACGAACAACGCUGCGACGAUAAGCGCACCUCGAUCUGCGAGCAGAACCGUUUCAAAUCUUACUUCCCCAUGCGCGCCGGCAACCACGUCAAGUGGUAUGUAGAUGGACGUGAUUAUUUCUGGGCUGUCUCAAUUGCCCUAGAGAAAGCUAAAGAAACCAUCUACAUUGCGGAUUGGUGGUUGUCACCUGAGCUCUUCCUACGCCGCCCAGCUUUCAAGGAGCAGGAGUUCAGAUUGGACAAGAUCCUCAAGCGAAAGGCCGAGGAGGGCGUUCAGAUUUAUGUCUGCGUAUACAAGGAAGUUGAGCAGGCCUUGACUUGCAAUUCGGCUCAUACCAAGCAUGCGUUGAGGAGACUCUGCCCCAAGGGCACACCCGGCCAUGGAAACAUUCAUAUUGCUCGCCAUCCCGAUCAUAACGUCUUUGAGAACUUUGGUGAUAUGACAUGGUACUGGGCGCAUCACGAAAAGUUCAUUGUCAUCGAUUACGACAUAGCCUUCGUCGGUGGUCUUGACCUUUGCUUUGGACGAUGGGACAACAACCAGCAUCCUCUAGCCGAUAUCCAUCCCACGGAUGUGCGUGAUGAGAUCUGGCCCGGCCAAGACUUUAACAACAACAGAAUUAUGGAUUUCCAGAACGUUAGUUCAUGGCAGGAUAACGAAUUGAGCAAAGCAGACUUUGGCCGUAUGCCUUGGCACGACGUUGCAAUGUGUAUUCAAGGUCCUACCGUGGUAGAUGUAGCCGAGCACUUUGCUUUACGUUGGAACUUUGUCAAACGUGACAAGUACAAACGUGAUGAUAGGUUUGACUGGAUUACAAUGGAGACCCGACCAGGUGAGGACGAGGACCUCAUCGGUGUCCAGCGCCCUAAACAUCCUGUUGGAGAAUAUGUCCAGCACCCUCUAUCGCCUAUUAACACUAAGAACCUCGAAAACAGAGGCACUGUGAACUGUCAACUCGUGCGAUCGAGCGCUGACUGGAGUAGCGGUAUCUUGACAGACCACUCCAUCCAGAACGCUUAUAUCGAGAUUAUCUCUAAGGCGCAGCACUACGUUUACAUCGAGAACCAGUUCUUUAUUACUGCGACGGGUGACCAGCAAACUCCGGUCCGCAACACAAUCGGCCGUGCUAUUGUGGAUGCUGUCGUCCGCGCAGCCAAAGAGGACCGCAAAUUCCGUGUCAUAGUUCUGAUUCCUGCUAUUCCUGGCUUCGCGGGAGAUCUACGAGACGAGGCCGCGGCGGGUACUCGUGCUAUCAUGGAUUACCAGUACAAGUCUAUCUGCAGAGGAGAACACUCCAUCUUCGAGCAAUGCCGCGCUCAGGGCGUGGAUCCGACAAAGUAUAUUUUCUUCUUCAAUCUACGAUCUUACGACCGCUUGAACAAGACGCCUGGUAUCAUCAAAGCUGAGAAGGAGACUGGCGUAAACUACCAACAGGUGCAGCGUGCCGAGGCAGAAGAGAUCAUGUCUGAAGGUAUCCACGGUUCAUAUGACCCUGAGGAUAGUGAGGGCGACGAACACAUGCGCAGAGAUAAAAACAAGAAGGAGCUUGAUGAGGACACCAAGAAGCUGUUUGAGGCCCGAAGGAAGUUCGAAGCCGCACUUCCUAAUGAGAACAUCCAUACAACAUCUUCCGUUGCCCACCAUGCCAUGGCAGACAACGGGGAGGGCUUGGAGAGUGAGCCUUGGUUCGAAGACAGCCCCGAGUCGGAGAUCAAGAACUGGAUUCAAGAGGAGCUCUAUAUUCAUGCCAAGCUGCUCCUCGUCGAUGACAGAAUCGCCAUUUGUGGAAGCAGUAACCUGAACGACCGAAGUCAGCUCGGCGACCACGACAGCGAGCUUAGUGUGGUCAUGGAGGAUACCCGCUUGAUCCCCAGCACGAUGAACGGACAACCCUACGAGGCCGGUUACCACGCGGCCACCCUCCGCCGAUACCUCUGGCGGGAGCACAUGGGUCUCUUACCUCCUCAGGAACACGAUGCGUCCAAUGACAUCAACGCCAUGCCGCCUAAUGUCAACCCGGACAACGAUAUUUACGACCAAGACGAGAGUUACAAGUUUGUUGAGGAUCCGUUGUCCGACGAGUUGUGGGAGAAGUGGACUUCUCAGGCGGACACGAACACCGAUAUCUUUCGACAUCUGUUCCGUGCGGACCCCGAUGAUCACAUCAAAACCUUCGAUGAUUACGAUAGCUACCUCCCUACUCGAGGUGUAAAGGCUGGACAUCUAUUCGACAUCUUCAUGAGCCCGGAGGACGCGAGAAAGAAGCUUUCUCAAGUAAAGGGACAUUUAGUAUGGCAUUCAUUGAGCUUCUUAGAGGAAGCCGAGAUGGCGCAGUGGGGGUUGCAGAUAAACACCGUGACGGAGUCCAUCUAUACUUAG